AUAGUUAGAACAAACUUAUUAUUCACUAUACUUAAGCAAACUUCAAGACCAACAUCUGCCUUUAUUCACAGGGUUGUAUAAUCUUGCUUCAUAAAACACAAAUACCAACUGAAAAGUAGCUGCUCUUCUGCUGUUCGAAACUACAAGUCCGGUCGGCCAUGUCUCUACUCUCCCGCUUAAUCUCCAGCACUUCAAUCAAACCACCUACUUUCUCCCUUUCUUUCAUCUUAGUCUCCUCCCUAUCCUCUUCCUCUUCCUCUUUCUCUUCGAAAUGCAGGGCAGAGCCAAUCCCAGUCCCUUCUCAGCUGCCUCCAGUUCCCAAAAGAGUUCCUUUCACAGUCUCACUCCAUGGUCAUACGUGGCAAGAUCAUUACCAUUGGAUGCGCAACGUCAACGACCCUGAUUUCGUAGACUACCUCAACCAAGAGAACUCAUAUGCUCAAGCUUUCAUGGCUGACACUCAAACCCUGCAACGAGCUAUGGUCUCUGAGAUGAAAAGCCGAAUGCCCUCCAAAAUUUCCACUCCUGUUGAACGUUAUGGACCCUGGUUGUACUACGAGUACAUACCGGAAGGGAAGGAGUACCCAGUGUUCUGCAGGAGAUUAGGAACUGAGAGACGUGGUUGGGUGGAAAGGCUUCUCAGUAAUGCCAAAGCUGGAUUUGGAAGGGAGGAAAUUUUGCUCGACUGGAAUGAAGUUGCUGAAAAACAUGGUUAUGUGCAUGUGGGUCAGUGUCGAAUUUCACCAGAUCACAAUUUUCUAGCAUACACACUUGAUACUUCUGGCAGUGAACAGUUCAUUCUUCAAAUUAAAGACCUCAGAAAUGGAUAUAUUGUUCCAAGGGCACAAGUUGAUAGAGUUGUUAGCUUGGCAUGGGCUCAAGAUUGCCAGACUUUGUUCUAUACAAUUGCUGAUGAGAAUCAACGACCUUACAGGGUUCUUUGCACAACAUUAGGAUCAGGUAUUACAGAUGAUGUCUUGGUAUUUACAGAAAGUGAUUCUAGCUUUUGUGUGGACCUAACAAGUACAAAAGAUGGCAAGUUUAUAACUGUGAAUUCAAAUUCAAGGAGUUCAUCUGAGGUUUAUGUAGUUGAUUCAACUGAUCCCUUGAGUGGCUUGCGAAGAGUACAUGAGCGCGUUUCUGGUGUACAGUAUUUUUGGGAACAUCAUUUUGGUUUCUUUUAUAUUCUUACAAAUGCUCCUGUGAAAGAAAGUAUGAUGUGUUCCACUGAAGGUUAUUAUUUAGCUAGAUGUCAAGUUGGAGAUAUACAGUCAACUACUUGGCAGAAUAUUUUCUAUCCCAGUGAAGAUACCAGUUUACAAGAUAUGGACAUUUUUAAUGGACAUUUAGUGCUUUUUCUCAAUAAGAAGGGCUUUCCUAUGUUAUGUUCUGUUGAUUUGCCUAUCAAUGUUGAUUGUAAGCGUCAAAUGAUGAUUGAGGAUCUUGAUCCAUGGUUUUUCCCUAUGCCCUCAAAUUCAUGUAGUAUUCAACCAGGUUCAAACCUUGACUUCACGAACUCAGUAUACAGAGUGGUGCUGUCAUCUUCAGUGGUGCCUGAUGUAAUUGUUGACUACGACAUGUCAAGACGGAUUUUCUCAAUUGUUCAACAAGAGGAGGUACUUGGUGUUUCUAGUAAUGCUCAAUCAUGCUCUUCAGGAUAUGAACUAGAUACUCAAAAACAUCUUGACCGUAAAAAGGGUGAAAACAACCAAAAUAUUGAAUUACAAAGAUGGAAGGACUUUUCUGAUACCUAUUGUUGUGAAAGAAAGGAAGUUAUUUCCCAUGAUGGUGUCAGGGUUCCUCUGACCAUUUUGUACUCGCAAAAGGCGUGGAAGAGUUAUCAGUCUCCUGGAAUUUUACAAGGUUAUGGAGCAUAUGGGGAAGUUCUUGAUAAAAGUUGGUGCGUGGACCGUCUCAGUUUACUUGAUCGUGGAUGGGUGGUGGCAUUUGCUGAUGUAAGGGGUGGUGGUGGUGGUGAUUCUUCAUGGCAUAAAUCUGGCAGUGGGUUGUUCAAACAAAAUUCUAUAUAUGACUUUGUAUCAUGUGGCAAGUACCUAAUUGAUGAGGGCUAUGUCCAUAGAGAUCAGCUGGGUGCCAUUGGAGUUAGUGCUGGGUGUCUUCUCAUGGGGGCAGCUCUGAAUAUGUACCCUGACCUUUUCCGUGCUGCAAUUUUGAAGGUACCAUUUCUUGAUAUAUUGAACUCAUUGCUGGAUCCUAGUUUGCCCCUCACUAUAUUGGACUAUGAAGAAUUUGGGAAUCCUCAGAUAAAGUCCCAGUUUGAGUCUAUUUUAAGUUAUUCCCCCUAUGAAAACAUUCCUCAAGGUGGUUGCCACCCUUCAAUUCUUGUUACAGCAUCAUUUAAUGACUCAAGGGUUGGAGUUUGGGAAGCUGCCAAGUGGGUGGCCAAAGUUCGAGAUAGUACAUGUUCUUUUUGUUCUCGAUCUGUCAUUCUGAAGACAAAUAUGACUGGAGGACAUUUUGGUGAAGGUGGCCGUUAUAUUCAGUGUGAGGAAAUAGCUUAUGACUAUGCUUUUCUGGUGAAAGUUAUGGGGAUUAACAUUAAUUAGAAUAAACUUGGCUGUCAUCAAAGGUUGUUUCUAAUUAACAGGGAAAAGAAAACAUUAAACAGUGGGAUUCCCUUCUUAUAAUCCUUGCAUGAGUGAUUGAGACUUCUGUUUGUUGAAGGACACUUGAUUGGCAGUUCAGGUACAGAUAUCAAAUGGUAACAAUGGCAUCUGAGUUGCCUCCAUAUGCUGUAAUGAUUCGGCUCAAUUGUACCCAGCCUCCUGCUUUUGUAUGCUGUAGGCAUACUUUAUGCAUCUAGAAAUGAGCUGAGUUGAACUUUGUGCCUGAAAGUGGAAGGUGCUCGUUAGCAUCCAUGGGACUAGUCAAUGGGUUAACCCUUCUUGUUUUCUCAAGAUGAGUUGGCAACUGACAGCAAUGCUUUUUUGCACUUCAAGAACAUGUCUGAAUCUGAUCAUGUCUCUGUUAUGGUUGAGUAAUAAUGUAAUCUUUUGAGACUUAAACAGCGCUGCAUUUGCUGUUAAUUGUUAUUGCACUAGGAAAUUAUCUCUGGCAGCAUUCAUUCUAGGA